GGUUUUCAGAAAAGGAUGCAGAUGAAGUAAAAGGAAUUUUUGUUGACACUAACCUGUACUUUCUGGCUUUGACUUUCUUUGUAGCAGCAUUCCACCUUCUCUUUGAUUUCCUUGCAUUCAAAAAUGACAUCAGUUUUUGGAAGAAAAAGAGGAGCAUGAUUGGGAUGUCUACGAAAGCAGUGCUAUGGCGGUGCUUCAGUACUGUCGUAAUAUUUCUUUUCCUUUUGGAUGAACAAACAAGUUUAUUGGUGCUGAUCCCAGCAGGCGUUGGUGCAGUGAUCGAGCUCUGGAAAGUGAAGAAAGCUUUGAAAAUGACAAUCAAGUGGCAAGGCUUGAGACCCAAAAUUCAGUUUGGUACAUACAAUGACUCUGAAAAGAAAACUGAGGAGUAUGAUGCCCAGGCUAUGAAAUACUUGUCAUACUUGCUCUAUCCACUGUGCAUUGGAGGUGCAGGUUACUCCUUGCUGAAUGUCAAAUACAAAAGCUGGUACUCAUGGCUGAUUAACAGUUUUGUCAAUGGAGUAUAUGCUUUUGGAUUCCUGUUUAUGCUGCCCCAGCUGUUUGUAAAUUACAAGAUGAAAUCUGUCGCACACUUACCAUGGAAGGCUUUCACAUACAAAGCAUUCAACACCUUUAUUGAUGAUAUCUUUGCGUUUAUCAUCACUAUGCCAACAUCUCACAGGCUGGCGUGCUUUAGAGAUGAUGUUGUGUUCCUGGUCUACCUUUACCAAAGAUGGCUUUAUCCUGUGGAUAAGAGCAGAGUGAAUGAGUAUGGAGAAUCUUACGAAGAAAAGCCAAAAAAAAAGGCUCAUAGAGAAUAA